UACUUGAUACCAAUGUUAAUCUCUGUCCAAUAGCCUUCUAUCGUCCUCGUCUUUACAAUAGAGGAUUAGCCCGUUCAACGUAUUCUUUAUGGAUGAUCUGUUUUCUAUAUACCCUAAACAAAAAAGUCAGGGGAAAUAAUAGCGUAUUUGACGGUAUAUGGAUAUUAAUCAGAAAGCGCCUAUGCAGGUAACCAACUGUGCGUUGCCAACGGUGAUUUACGCUGUUUGAGACGGGAAGGCACUCUGUAUCGUGUCUUAAACUUUGGAACCGGGUUAUACUGUGACAGAAAAAGGACUUUAAGGAUUUUUGGGGAUACAUUGGAUCUUUAAGGAAUUAAUUAUGUCACAAGUGGGCGUCCGUCCGGCGUCCCAGAUGAGUACGGGAAGAAUGGGGGUUACAUUACCCCAGAUUCAACACCCGAUGUCUCGAAUGAGCAACCCAGGAGAAAUGGAACUACGAGGGGUGUCAAGGUCCGGGGAUCGGCCAAUGUCGAACCCUCUUGGUGGCCGACCACUCGCAAAUGAGUCUCACUAUCCGGUCAGGAAAUCAUUGAGUGCCCUGUCCGGACGGGAGAGUCGACAGGCAAGUCGUCUUGGGCGUGAAAACGCACCCCCACCCAUGCCAAUAGAGAGCAUACCCGAGGGGGUUGAAGUUACUUUUGGAGAUCCCGGCAAAACUAGGAUGCCGAUUUUCGGCCGUAUAUCUGACAGUAACAAGGCUGACGUGACAAACAGACCGGAUGUUCCAGCGAGCCGUGCCAGCUCUCGCCUGUCUACAGCGUCCGCACAGGCCAGACUUGAAAUAGACGAAUUGGAAAUGUUGCUAAGACAGAGAAUGAAGGGAAAUUUCUAUGAAAUAAGGAAACAGUUCCAGAAUAACGAUCCUGAAGGAAAAGGCAACGUAUCCAGGGAAGCAUUGUACAGAAUUUUGAUGACAGUAUUAAGUCGACAGCUGUCACAGAAUAGUUUUACGAAACUGUUAGAGAGACUAGGGUUUAACAACAAAGUUGUUAUCAACUACACAGAGUUCUUUUCACUGUUCCGAAAGAUGAACGACGAAGAUUCUUCAUUCCCUAAAUGGAUGGACCCUAUUCAAAGAACUCACCUGGAGAAAGCCACAAUGACAUGUGACCAAGUUCAUCUUCAACUGAAAGAAAAGGCGAGACAAAGAGUAAUGGAUGUUGGAGAGUUGAUUCCUCAGAUGAACCCUGGUGGUAGUGGUCGCAUCAUGAAACCUGAGCUUCGACAACUUCUCAACCGACUUAUGUUCUAUAUGGAUGAUGUGGAGUUUGAAAAACUCUGGAACAAAUAUGACCCGGAUGCGUCUGGUACAAUAAGUGGGGAGAAAUUCAUGAAUAAACUCGGUAUCUCGUUCAGUAACGGAAUUACUGAGAAUGGUAGACUGUCUCCAAUAGCAGAAUCAGAUCUUCGAAAACUAAAAAUCUCCGACCGGAAAGUGAUUGAGGAAUUCAAAGAACUAAGUAGUAAGUCAAGCGCACUGAUGAAGUACAUGCAGUUUAUGCAGUAUCUAGAACAGCGCAGCAAGCGUACACCUCGCCGGAAGGAAGUAGAGAGACGCCAGCAGCUCGAUGUAGAACGCUGGUUGAAAAAUAAAUUCAGGGAGGGCUUUGCAACCAUGAGGGAAAGUUUUGAGGCAAAAGAUCCAAAGAACGAAGGCAGUGUAAACUUUGAUGAUUUCUUGGACGUUCUAUCUGCAUACGGUCUGAAACUGGAGAAGAAAUAUUUGGCAGCGUUCCUGUCAAGGUGUAGCGUUUCAGCGAACAAGAACGGAACAGUUCCAUAUAGAGAGUUCCUGCACCGAUUCCAGGACCGUAGUGAGAAGGGCAUGACUCACACUAUUCUUACUGAUAACAAACACAGGCUAGUGAGACUGUUUAACAAUGAUGUCAAAUCGGAGAAUGGCUCGAACCUGAGUGCCAUCGAGGCCCAGCUGAUGAACAUGUUCCAGAGAGACUUCCUGGCACUUCUAGGAACAUUCAAGAGUAUAGACAAGUUAGAGACAAAUGUCAUCGGUCAGGAAGAGUUCCGUGCAGCGAUGGAAAGUCGCUUUAAUCUGACACUAACACAAGAUCAAUUUGACAGUUUUGUUGACAGAAUUCCACUGGACGAGGACGGUAACGUUAAAUAUACAGACUUCAUGCAGCAGUUUGAUACAAGAGGAAUGGCGGCAAGUUUAUUCCCGUCUAAAGAGAGAGAAGAGAGGAAACCAGUAAAAGUUGGACCACUGCCAGAAGAUCCACCAAAACCUAUGCCAGUGUCACAGAGAUCAGACAUGGGUGAAUAUAUCAGCUUUGACGACGGUCCUCUACUAGAAGAUACCGUUGCUAGACGCUCGCCACAAGAAAUGUUCAAAGUUAUUAAGGAUUUACUUAAUAAAAGGUUCAACGACGUUGAAACUAUGUUCUUCGAAUUAGAUGAAAUUAACUCCAUGAGAAUGUCUCAAGAACAAAUGUUCCAGUUACUUAGAAGAUUCCCUGAAGUAAGACCAGAGGUUACAAGAGGCGAAAUUAGAGAUCUUUGGAAAACAUUCAUCACAAAUAAAGAUAAAACUCUGGAUUACUACGAGUUUGUCCGCCAUUUUGGAUUCUCAAAAACGUCUGCUGCUUUCCCGAACGCGAAGCGAGUUCCACCACGUCAUGGUGAUGCAGACUUCAUGAUUCGCUCACGAAAAUUGAACUGUGCCGCUGAUAUGCUGCAAGAUAGUUUGAGAUCAAAGAUUGACUACAUGUGGGAAGAUUUACGUAAGGAGUUUGUCGGGAUGGAUCCAUAUGGUAUUGGAUUUGUCUCCCAGGAUGAAUUCCGCGAUGUCCUCAAAGAACUGUGUGUACACCUCAGUGAAUUUGAGCUAGAUCAACUAACUAGAAAGUUUGAUUUGAAGAAAGAUGGAAGGGUAUCAUAUAUAGAAUUUUUGAAGCCGUUUGCUCUACGUAAACAGAUUUGGCGUCAUGGUAACAAUAUGUUAUCACUGUUACAACAUCCCCAAGCUGAACUACCAAUGAGUGAUAUAGUUGAACCCCCACAGAAAGGUUUACAUGGACUCACGGCUAAACUCAGACAAAAGUUGGCCAAUGACUGGAAGAAUCUGCGUCGCGCGUUCCGAAAGUUGGAUAAGACCAAUAAUGGUUACUUGUCUGUCCCAGAGUUCAGGUCGGUGCUCAAACUUGCAAACGUGAUAUUAGAUGAGGACGAGGUCUACCAUGUCCUGAACAGGUUCGACAACAACAUGUCUGGAAAGAUCCAAUAUGAGAAAUUUAUUGAGGAGACAUUUAAACCGGAAACACGACAUAGUGUACGACCAGUGUGAAAAUUAUGUAUAAUAUAAGACUAUUCUAAAGAAUUAUGUAUAUAAAUUUAAACACAUUUGCCUAAUCUUUUAACCGAUUGUGAUUUUUGAAAUUUUCUGUCUCGCUGGUAUUUAACAAAAAUUUAAAUACUAGCGUACAAGCAUCUUUUAGAGCAAGUUUAUUUUAAUACCUUAAAUAUAUGAUAAUUGACAGUAAUUAAAACAUUUAUAUUGUUAUAAUUUCAAUUGGAAUAUGUUUGGAAAUAUAUUGCUAAUACAGUUUUGCGAGUAAGACCUUUACGUUCGUGUGGAGGUUUUAAUACAGUAUUAGUUUUAUGCAUUAUAAUUUUAAUGUAUUCAUAUAUAUACAUGUAUAUAUAAACUCAUGAUGGUUGAUGUUGUGUUCCUCUGUGGAUGUUUGCACAAAUGUUUGAUGUUUGGAUGUGUAUCUGAUAUAUCUACCUUUUAUAUUAGUGUUGAACGGAUUUAUAUAAGCUCCUCCCACAAAUUACAGUAACUUACAUUGUGGUCUUUGAAGUUAAAUUUUGGAGCAAAUAUUAUUGACACAAAAUAUGCUUCCGUGUUGGUAUGUACAAUCUAUAUGUACCCGUACAUAUUCAGCAAAACAGUAUUUUUUUCCUAUUCAGUAUUCAUAUAAGUCCGUCCAUUACAAGUGAUAAAAAUGUUACUGUUUUAUUUCCCCGGUUGUGUUGUUUCAUUUGUUGUUUGUUAUAUGAGCUGACUGUGAUUAUUGUGUGAUUACAUUUUGUUGUUUAUUUUGUUUCUUGUUGUCAUUUCUUUAUUUCAUCUUGCUAUUUACUCCUUCGAGUGUAUUUAUUUAGUCACAUUCUGUAAUUAUGUUCAUAUUUGACAUUUUAUUUAACUUCACCAUCUGCAACAUGAUAUCUUCCUAUAUUUGAUCUACUACUAUAUAUCGUUUGUAACUCAAAUGCCUCAUUAUUUGCAUACUUGAUAAAAACUGGGCUCAGUAUUACGUAGGCUAAACGAAGGGUAAGAUUUUAGAGUAAUAUAUAUUUUAUGUGUUUUAAUGUUAUUUACUGAUACAUAGUUUAUAUGUGUGUUAUUCUGCUAUACGUUUUAAGAUAGUUCUACUAUCAUUUUCUAUUAUGUUUGUUACACAUCUUAUUUUUUAUAUUUCACCUAGUACAUGGCUACUGAUAAUUCUCGUAAUGUUUGAAUUCAUUCAUUGAGUUCAUUCAAACAUUUACAAAGUUCGAGUAUAGCACCAAGAUGGUGAUUUCCUACAGGAGACGGCUUUAACAGACACUCAACUUGGACUUUCUAUAUAAUCCAUGGGACAUAACAUAAUAUCGUGUCCACAUAUUUCUUAACAGAAUAUAUAAUAUUUAUUAACAGAAAUACACUUUUAGUUUUUACAUAAUUGAUUCUAGUUAUAUAUUUAUCUGUGAUAUUUUUCUGUUUGCAGUUUUGUAAAUGACUCAAGCACUUACAAGUUACCUAUACAAAUAAAGUCAUGUAUAAAGUGAA